AGAGAUUUAUUAGGGCCAGAUUUUCCUUUUUCUGUAAAACGAAAGGGUUGAAAAAGGAGGAGCCCCCUUCUCUCUCUCUCAUUCUUUCGGAUUAGAUCUCACCGUCGAUAGAUAAAGGCGAAAUCGAAAAAAAUAAUUUUGAGAAGUUCUGCGGUAUGCAAAGUCCUUACUCAAAUCUCCUCCUACUUUUUCUACCUCUCUACUUCAUCUGCUGCUGUUAUAAUCUCAGUUACAUAUAUCACAUACACACGCUCAUAUAUAUACAUACACACAUACACACCCGGGCCUUAAAACCUUUGAAUCACUAUAACCCCAGUGUUUUGCGUUCGCCCCGUCAAAAGGGCUUUUCUUGUUUUACCCUAGUUGCAUUUGGUAUACUUAAAUUUGCGAUGUGGAGUAUGCUUCGACUGCUGGAACGAGGAGUUUUUAUUCAUUUCGAUUCAAGGCUAGUCGGAUGGUUUACACAUUUUGCCCGUUGCCAUAAUGACAAUCUAAGCAUGCAGAUUCCAUUGGUGGACCAAAGGCCUCAAAAUCUUGUUUGUUGUGUGAUGAUAGGUAUCAUGGCAGAGAACACUGAGAUUGAUGACCGUGUGGAUCUUGAUGAUGAUAAUUACUCUGAAGAAGAUGAGGAUGUUGAAGAACCUAUGGAGGAUGAAGGACCUGGAGACGAAGGUGAAGAAAAUGAAGAAGAACCUCUGGAGGAAGCUAGAAGUGAGGAUGGUGUGGAAAAACAAUCACCACACACGGAAGAAAAUGAUAUUCAUUCACCAGAUGUGGUAGAUGAAGAAAAGUUUGCACCUAUUAACGAAGAAGAGAGAGCAAAACAUGCUGAACUUCUCGCUCUUCCUCCACAUGGUUCUGAAAUUUUCAUUGGAGGACUUUCUCGAGAUGUUUCGGAGGAAGACUUGAAAGAACUUUGUGAACCCUUUGGUGAAAUUUUCGAGAUUAGAGUCAUGAAAAACAGGGAUACCGGUGAAAGCAAGGGCUUUGCUUUUGUAGCUUUCAGAACAAAAGAUGUGGCACAAAAGGCAAUUGAAGAUUUACAUAACAAAGAAUUCAAGGGAAGAACAUUACGAUGUUCGCUGUCGGAAACUAAGUACAGAUUGUUCAUAGGUAACAUACCUAAGGUUUGGACUGAUGAGGAUUUCAGAAAAAUCAUUGAAGCAACUGGUCCUGGUGCAGAAGUAAUAGAGCUUAUAAAGGAUCCCCAAAACCCAACCCGUAAUCGUGGCUUUGCCUUUGUGGAAUACUACAACAAUGCUUGUGCUGAUUAUUCUCGACAGAAAAUGUCUUCCCCAAGCUUCAAGUUGGAUGGGAACACACCUACUGUUACUUGGGCCGAUCCAAAGAUUACUAGUGAUAACUCUGCUGCUGCGCAGGUCAAGGCUCUUUAUGUGAAGAAUAUACCAGAAAACACAUCAAUUGAACAGCUGAAGGAACUAUUCCAGCAGCAUGGGGAAGUCACAAAAGUUGUUAUGCCGCCUGCCAAAAGUGGUGGAAAGCGAGACUUUGGUUUUGUUCACUAUGCUGAAAGAUUGAGUGCAUUGAAGGCCGUCAAGGAGACUGAAAAAUAUGAGAUAAAUGGCCAGCUGUUAGAAGUUGUCCUGGCAAAGCCGCAGACUGAGAAAAGGUUUGAUGCAGCUAGUCCACUAAAUCCUCAAAUGCCAAACUAUAUUCCUCAUCCAGGAUAUGCCGGUAUACCAGUAAGUCCUUUUGCGCCUAUGGCUGCUGGAUAUAGUGCAGCUGCUGGAUUUCAGCAGCCUAUGAUUUAUGGAAGGGGGCCAAUGCCAUCUGGAAUGCAAAUGGUGCCGAUGGUUUUACCAGAUGGUCGAAUUGGUUAUGUUCUUCAGCAGCCUGGGGUACAGAUGGCUCCACCUGUCAGGCCUCGUAGGAAUGACAGAAGCAAUGGUGGUGGGGGCCCACAAGGACGUGGGGGCCCAAGCAGUACUGGGGAUGAUAGUAGUAACCGUAAUAGA